UUGUUAUCAAAUCUUCUCGGAGUUUUUAUGAGAAUAUUAGAAUUCUCGAUUCAUUAUCUUGGAUUCCUUAUAAUGAAAAAUAUUGGAAUAUUGAAGGUGUAUUUGAGAUAGUAAAUAAGAAAUACGAAGUCGUUGCAAUUAAAUUGCUUUAUAAUUUAAU